CAAAAGCUAAAAGUCAGCAAGCUGUUAAAAGCUAAUGCCUAAAAAUGUGAAAUAAAACACAUUUUUUAAAUUAUUUUAUUUAUUUUAUGCUAAAGGAAAAUGAAAACGAUUAUUCCUGGCUGUUCUCCCUGACACAGACAGAUAAAAUAAACUUCUUUUUCUUCUACUUUUUUUAUGGUGGUUGGCAAGCAACUACAAAAGAAACUUUUUCAGAGAGGGACUAAAGGAAGUAGGCUGGCUGCAGCCAGGUGAAGAUGAUUGCCUCCAAUCAGCAGCAGAGCUGUGGAGCAGCUCCCUAAAAAACAAGGCCUGAUGACAUUACUGCACCUGACUUUAAGGUCUUCUUUAGAAAUUUAAACAAACCUGAGUGGAAGAUGUCAGUCAUGUUAGGCAAGUUUCUUCUCAACUCAAGACUCUUUGUGAUGAUCUGUGCAGCCAUCAUGUGUUCAAACACAGCAAAAGUCCACCGAACAAUGACACCGGGCUACAUUCGACUGAAACUAAAUGUUCUGAGACCACUGAACGAUCCAAGUGGCCAACAAACUCCCCGCUCUGUCGGUCUGCCAUCCAAAGAAAGUGGAGUUCAAACUGAAACUGAUACAGGUGGAGUUAGAGAGACAGUGUCACUCAUUAACCGUCACUCGCCCCCUCAGUACACACAAGGCAGCUUUGGUUUCAGUCAAAACCAUCAAGAUAACAGUCGGUCUCAGGUGAAGAUAAUCAAAGUUCAGAGCAGAGGAGUGACGCCAGCGAGUGGCACUUUCACCAGAAGCUCUCUACGUGAUCAAAAGACAUUUGAUGGUUGGCCRUCUAUAAAGCACAAUUAUUCUCCCCCUCAGAAGGAAGAAAACACGAAUUCAGUAUAUUUUUCCCAAAACUGGGACAGCAGAUACACAAAAAAAUCUGAACACGAUAAAAACAUUUUUACCACAGACUCGUCAAAGGUGGACAAAAAUAAAUAUUUAAGCAAAUCUUUUCCAUCCCAGACCAACAGACUCCAAAGAGCUCAACCCUUGACCUCAAGAGGGCGCUACAGUGACUAUAAGGAGAAGAAUCAGCUUCCUGUGGUCAAAGCAGAGAGGGAGUUAAAUGGGAAAAGCAAUAUACUUGUUUUUAGGGGUGACACUGUGCCUCAUGAAGCUUCAAUCGGCAACGAGAUCCCCAGCCAAGAAAAGCAAACAGCUGCCGUGGAUUUCUCACAGAACCAACUCUCUGUGAGCAACAGGGAGAUGCUGGGACACAGGAAGAUCCUGACGUAUCUUUUUAAGGACUCUCCAGGUUGGUUUAACGAAGUAACGAGUGACAAACAAAGAGAGGUAAGGAUGGACGCUGCCAAACAUAAGCAAAGCCCCUUUGACACACAAGAGAAAAACAGAUUUGGUUUAGAUUUUAAACGGUCAGCUACAACACAACCAGUCGAGCAAGAUACUGAUGGUCGCAAAAAGCUCGGUGCACGCCAAAUCAGAAAAUAUCYGCCCCGACACGUCACUACGUCUCCCCCUCAAGCCUUUAUCCAACCAGCUUCUGUAGAAGGCAAAAAUCUGGAAAGUUUUGUCCCUACGGUUCCGUUGCAUUCUCAGGAUAGCUUCGCAACCAGCAGCAARGCAUUUGUUCCAAUGGACCGAAUCAAUUCAAGUCCAAGAGACCUGGAACACAACUACAAACCAGGGCCGUCUAUAAAGAGGAUCAGUCGCCUUGGAGGGUUUACAAACUCUGUAAAGCCACGUGGUCCCUCUCCCUCAAAGAAACCACAUUUUCAACAAUCCAGUCUUGAUAAUGGAAUAAAACAUCCGUUUAGAUUCACAAAUAUGUACCCCUAUUUGUCUAGCAAGUAUAGCUUUGAACAGAAGGGAGCAUCUGCACCAGUGAGUAGUUCUUCACCUGCUCCACCGAUCCAAAGCCCAUCUGUUUCGACUCCAAGACCGUUCACCACAACUUUUAGGCCCCUCAGGCAUCCGCUGCCUAAAAGGGUUGCUGACGUGAACAAAACUGAGAAAACAGAGAAAGAAUUCAAACUCUACAAGGGAAGAUUUGGUCUCAAAGGGUUUGGCACUCAACCACUUGAGGGCACCAAAGCUACACCUCAAGAACCAAGCACUUCUACCAAGACUGGUUUCAAAGGUUUUCAGCUCAAUAGCUUACAGACCUGGGAACCAAAACAGGUUCGAAUUAACAGACGGUACAACCAGGCUGGUGACACAGAACCAGGAAGCCGUAAGGUCAUCCCGGUCGAUCCGAAUGGAAGAGUUACAGUUAGGGACGAGCUCAAACCAGUCCCCAGAACUCCACAGGUUCCAAUUCUUAAACCUAUACCCGAUGACCAGACCAAUCUGAUCCAAACCUUCCAGCUGCUGCUCCGGCCUGUUACAAAUCAAAUUGCAUGGGUUCAAAGCAAAACAAACUGGACACAAGCAGAGGAAAACACAAUUCGGGCGACUAAUGUGGUCUCUUCAUCUUAUCUGAGAUCAGCAGGGCACCUCAAGAUGGCACCGAGGUUAGAAUCAAAGCAGAGCAAGGACAACGUAAACAAAUCUGUUGCAACAGCAAACCAUAUGACCAUGUUUAAGACCCCCACUAGCAACACAGKGAGGAGGGGCAUACGUGUGAAGCAAGCCAGCAGGAAACUCGAUGGGUACACUCCGAUUAACACAACCAGAAACAUCGCUACAAUCAGAGGCCUCGGAGGUAAAGCCAUCACGUACGCCGACAUCGUUGGAAGUGCUUCAUUUAGUAGCAUCACAGCUGGAAGUCAGCCACUGGUCAUUUCAACCAAUAUGGAUUAUUUCCCAAACAUGACCACAACAGAGCAAAAUCCAGAGUKGACACUAAAACCAGAUGACGAGGGAAACACAACUACGAGCCUUGAAGCAAAUCAAGAAACCUAUGAGGAAGAUUUCAUAAGUGUAAAAAAAAACGUGUUUGGAAAAGACAAAGUGGACAUGUCUGAUUUGUUGUUUGASAGUGAAGGGAGUGGGGAUUUGGUUUUGUCUCAGCUUUCACCAACAGAAAGCCAAGCAGCUGGGAAACAUUUGUUAGAGCUAGAAUACCUCCGAAAAUCUACCAGGAACCUCUUCUUUAAGUCUGUAGCGAACUCCUUUCUGGAUCAGCAGUAAGAUGUCCUGAUGGUUGGAGCAAAUCCAAUAAAAGCUGGAAAAUCACUUUGUUUUGUUCUUUGGAUGACAUCUGAACAAAAAACGAACAUUUCUAUCUCUAAGGUCUGUGUGGUGGUCUAAAACUGUGUGGAACAGCACUUUUAAUAAAACUUUUGUAAUAUGACAGUAAUCGAAAUCUAAAAAUGUACUGAUCCUUUUUUGGGGAAAAGUAUUUUAUUUUAUUUUUUUAAGUUUUCAAACACGCACUACUUUUCCAUGUCUGAUGGUUAAACUCUACAUUUUUAGGCUUCAGAAAAUUACAGAUUUUAUAUGGAACAGUUAUUAAAUUUGAUUUAAACUAACUAAAAUACCAACAUGAGUAUGGGAAUAAACUCGUGUUUCAAAUAAUUAAAUAUAAAAACAAACUUGCACUAUUGAUAAAACUCAGAUGCCUAAUAACACCCAAAAUUUCACCAAUUGUUUUUUUUUUUCAGUCAUUUUUGAUUUUCACAGAAAUGUCUGGUUAGUUAAACCACUUAGCUCAAUCGUUCAGAUAAAUAAGCUAAACUCAAAUCAUAAAUCAGUGUUUUUACACAGACGA